GACAGAGCGAGACAGAGCGAGAGCGAGACAGAGAGCGAGAGCGAGAGCGAGACAGAGAGCGAGAAGCGAGACAGAGAGCGAGACAGAGAGCGAGAGCGAGAGCGAGAGCGAGACAGAGAGCGAGAGCGAGACAGAGAGCGAGACAGAGAGCGAGACAGAGAGCGAGAGCGAGACAGAGAGCGAGACAGAGAGCGAGAGCGAGACAGAGAGCGAGAGCGAGACAGAGAGCGAGACAGAGAGCGAGAGCGAGACAGAGAGCGAGAGCGAGACAGAGAGCGAGAGCGAGACAGAGAGCGAGACAGAGAAGAGCGAGACAGAGAGCGAGAGCGAGACAGAGAGCGAGACAGAGAGCGAGACAGAGAGCGAGACAGAGAGCGAGACAGAGAGCGAGAGCGAGACAGAGAGCGAGACAGAGAGCGAGAGCGAGACAGAGAGCGAGAGCGAGACAGAGAACAGAGAGAGCGAGCCAGAGAGCGAGAGCGAGACAGAGAGACAGAGAGCGAGACAGAGAGAGAGCGAGACAGAGACAGAGAGAGAGAGCGAGACAGAGAGAGAGAGCGAGACAGAGAGAGAGAGCGAGACAGAGAGAGAGAGCGAGACAGAGAGAGAGAGAGCGAGACAGAGAGCGAGACAGAGAGAGAGCGAGACAGAGAGCGAGACAGAGAGCGAGACAGAGAGCGAGACAGAGAAGAGCGAGACAGAGAGCGAGAGCGAGACAGAGACAGAGACAGAGAGAGAGCGAGACAGAGAGAGAGAGCGAGACAGAGACAGAGAGAGAGAGCGAGACAGAGAGAGAGAGCGAGACAGAGAGAGAGAGCGAGACAGAGAGAGAGAGAGCGAGACAGAGAGCGAGACAGAGAGCGAGACAGAGAGCGAGACAGAGAGCGAGACAGAGAGCGAGAGCGAGACAGAGAGCGAGACAGAGAGAGAGAGCGAGACAGAGAGAGAGAGCGAGACAGAGAGAGAGCGAGAGAGAGAGAGAGCGAGACAGAGAGAGAGCGAGACAGAGAGAGAGCGAGACAGAGAGAGAGCGAGACAGAGAGAGAGCGAGACAGAGAGAGAGCGAGACAGAGAGAGAGCGAGACAGAGAGAGAGAGCGAGACAGAGACAGAGACACGACUGGCCUAA